UUUAUUUCUUGUUGUUUCAGCGCGAGUAACAGUGGUCUCGAGAUGCGACAUGCGUGCUCUGUGUUCGGUUCGCGGGCCGCUGGGCGGCGACACGCGCGCUCUCGGCGCGGGCGCGCGGUUCCUGUCCCUGCGCAUGCCCGGCCAGCCCCAACCACUCCACUUCGUCGUAGAAGCCAAAGCAAGGGUCAAAGAAUUGAAAUCUUUGGCCAAUGCUCACGCACAACUACAAGGCAUGACCGACACAGAACUCUUUGGAUUAGCAAUACUGCAAAAUGGAGAAUACUUAUUUGUUGACUUAGACAGUAAAUUAUCAAAAUAUGCGCCAAAAAGCUGGAGGUCAUCUCACACCCAUGGUUUGGACGCAAAUGGAAAGCCGCUCCUCGAAUUGCACCUUGUCGUGCAGUUCCACGUGGAGAGUCCCCUGCUCCUGCAUGAUGAAGUCGGUCGUCACUUGUACUUCCUCCAGCUGCGGCAAAAUGUGCGCACGCGAGACGCCUUGCCUGCUGAGGUGAUACUACUGCUUACUGGAUUAGCAUUGCAAGCUGAAUACGGCGAUGCGGACUCUUACGAGGACCGGGACUACUUCAAGGUGGAUGAAUAUGCACCUUCAUCUCUCACCGGUGACUGGGUGGCAGCAGCUAUGCGCGCUUGCCAUCGCGAGCAUCGCGGCCUUCCAAAAUCUGACGCAGAAUCCAGAUUUAUUAGAGAAGUUUGUCUUCUUCCAGACACAAUAAAUUCACAUAGAUACCGAUUAAAACAAUCUAAAUCAGAACCGGAACCUGGCACUGUGUGGUUGCUUGUAACAGCUAAAGGAAUAAAGAUCUUACCUGACAAUGGACCACUCUCAAAUUUCAUAUGGAGCGCCAUUGGCAAAUUAAGUUUUGAUAGAAAGAAAUUUGAAAUCAGGACUGAGGAAGGCAAAAUAACACUAUUUUCGACAAGUGAAGAGAAAUGUAAAUAUCUUUUCGCAUUGUGCAGAGAAACACAUCAGUUCUCAAUGAAAAUUGCACCGAAAUUCAAUGAAAUCUUGAGAAAAGAAGAAGAGGAACGGAAAAUUUGUUUUGGCUACUCGAAAUCACUAAAUAUACAAUACAAUCAAAAUAAAAGUGAACAAAGAAUAUCAGUAAUCUCUUCAACCAGUUCUAACACAACAUCUGGAAUAGUAAGCGACAGGGUUCAGUCCGAAGAUGAAUUAGAAAUCAUGAUAGAUUCUCCUCCAGCCCCAUCCACGGAAAGUUUGGCUUUUGCACACUUACUAGACAGUACGAAUUCUUAUUUUAUACGUCACAUGCCACAGGAUAAUCAGCCACUGACUAAAACCUCAUCAUUACAACUCCAAAAAUCAAAAGUCCGCGUAAAGAAGACCAAGGAAGACUGCGAGAAUGUGAAUAGGAGUGAAAUUGCAUUACCGGAACAACAUUCAAUGACUCAGUUAGAAGAUACGACAUCUUUGCCUGAUCAAAGUGUUAGUGAAACUUUGACAGACAGUCCAAGAUCUAACAAAUUAAAAUGUACGGGAUCACAAUGUUCCUCUUCUUGCAGUACCGUAAUAAUGGCACGCGCGGGCCUCAGUACCCUGAGUAGAGCAUCUAAUGCUAGUAGUCUAGAAUUAGGAUAUAGUCACACCGCUCAAAAUUCAAUGAUCAGUGACAAUAGUACAGUUGGCAUUGAUGUAGAAUAUUCCCAAGAUACAGCAUCUGCUUUGUAUGAUGGUUUGGGUCAACCAGUCACAGUAGCGGCGUCGAGUGAAACAAGUGGCGUCUACACUAUGAGCAGUUCAGAACUCACUGCUCGAUCAAAAAUGGAUACUUUAUCUGAAGCUAGCAGAACGGAUUACGAUGGUUCACACUACGAUAGCUAUAAGCCAGCGAAAGAAAAUGAUCUUGCGGACUUCGACAGCGUAUCAUCAAUACUGAAAAACAAGUCAGAAAGAACUAGUCAUGCCACAGGUACAUUAAGAUUACAAUCGUCCCAACCUAGCUCAGACUGUGUCGAUGGAGCUGCGAAGUUUCAGAAUCAAGAACAACAUAAUAAAGAAAAUUUAUUCAGAGAAAGAACAAAUUCCAACGUGAGUGCAAUCUCGUUCCAUGGCGACGGGAGUGAUCCGACAGACAAUAAACAUAACUUACUUACCGCAAGUGAAUUAAGCGACCUUAUUGUAGGAAGAGGCGUAUACCCUAAGAGCCAAUCUGUAAGUGAUACUCUGGAUUCAGUGUCGGACUACGUAAGGUUACCGAUUCCGUUUUCUGGAGACAGUUACAUUCAAGGUCACGAAGACACGGCACCUUCUGAUGACCACUAUCCAAAUAACUCUUUCUUUGACCGACCACCAACACCUCCAACUAGAAUUGAUAGCCGUAAACUGCUAAACUUGUCGCUACCAAAUAUAUUUGACAUAAAUGGCGACACACCAAUUAGACCUUCAUUUCCUGACAAGCCACCUCCGCCAUAUGAAUAUAAUCAUCAAACUGUCACCUCUUACGCUGCACCCCCUACCAGGGCACCUCCAGCAUAUCCUGGAACAACGGCGACAGCCAGAUCGUUAAAACAGUUGAACGAGAACAAGGAAGAAGUGGCUGCCAGAGUGGUAACAUCAAAACCAAUGAUAACAAUACUGAAAGCUGAAGCCGGAGAAGUGAAUGCGUCUAGUGAAAGAACGUUUGCUAGCCCCAUGGUCUUAGAGCAUAAAUUCCAGAAGUUUAAGCGACAACAAGCAUCGAGUCGCAGAGCUGAAAGAUCUAAGUUAGCUCAAGGGAUAAACAACAGCUUGUCACCAUCACGAGAGAUGCCGCACAGUGUGGACUCUAAUGUACUAGUGGCCAUGAUGAAACUGGCUCCGGGACCUCCUCCGGCUCCACCUGCGCCCCGUCGCCCUCGCCAGCCACCGCCACCACCUACCACACGGCUGCCACCACCUCCACCACCGCACAAUCCAAUGUUUCAUCAGCAGCUGUAUAGUGACGUUGACUAUGUCUACUAUCCUUUACAAGACCCGGCCUUAUCGCAGCAAAAUUAUCUCGACCAUAAACUGACUGAAUCUCGCGUGUCGAACAUGCACAAAAAUGGCUUGCAGUACAGAAGCACGCCAUACCUAUCCACUUCCAUGUCUGCGUCGUCCAUGUAUGGUUCGAUCCAAAAUCUGUCGGAUUCUUACGUGCAGUUACCCGGCACGCGGACGAGCUGGUACUCACUAACGAGCAGGACAUCGCUCAGCAACCAUUCCAUAAAUCUUGAGCGGCCGCAAGUGCCCGCCCGAGUGCCAGACGUUUCACAUUUUAUGCGGACGAAAUCGGAUGAGAAUGUGUUGAAUGCAAAAGAUCCACCGCCAGUGAAGAUGAGAAGAAUGCCUCCGCCGCCCCCGCCGCCAUACGAAUACAAAAAGAAAUUACUCAAUUACUCGCGAGACGUCAAAAUUCCUCAAACCUUAACAAAUGUGAAUAGUGAAACAAGUGCGAACAAAGUGAAAGACUCCAAUUGUGAUUUAGACAUAAAAACUCUUCGAGAGAAAAGUAAAAACCUUGAUUUGCCUCUUAUCGCGGCAUUAUGUAACGACCGUUCGUUAUUGAAACAAACUAAAGCUUUUGGUGCGCCAAAGUUAAAUAAACCAACAGGUAGUGACUGUGAAAGUGAACGGAAGAGCGUUAAAUCAGUUCCAAACACCACCGAUAACGUAGAUCUUAAGAGUAAACAAGAAUGUAAUGCUAAGAGGGUAAUGACAGGGUCUCAGAAAAAAAUAUUAUUACGAAAUCCUACAGAUAAACUUCCAGCAUUGCCAGUUACUCAGAAUCAUCCAAGAGCAAUGUCCAAUACUUAUGUAAUGCAUCCAACAGUAGCUAAAACAAAGAAGUCUCAACCCAGCUCAUGACAUUGCGAUACACUCCUACCUACUGCUUGUGAAUCCUUCCAGUGCUAUGAUCCUUCAUCCACCGAAACAAAGACUGAGCUUAUUGUCACCACAAUUUAAGAUAAGAAUCACACUUGUACAGUCAACUAUAGAGAUUAUAUUGUGUAUCUUCAGGCGUUUAUUUGGAUAUUUAAAUUAUUUUGAGAAACCCAGUUCAGCCUUACAUACAAAUGUGAUUCUGAAUUUAGAUUAUAACUACAUAUUAAAUCAUACAAAUAAUAAUUAAUAUUUAAAGCUUCUUCCUACAAAUAGUUUUACUUUCAUAUUUAUUUCACUAGAAUGUAAACAAUGCAUUAUCUGCAGGAAAGACUAAAAAGGAAAAGGUAGGCAAUUUUUCUGUUUUCUCAUAAUCCUAAAUUGAACUUUAUCACAACAAUUUAAGGUCGAAAUUGUAAAUAUUUCCGCAUGUAACAUAGUAGUCUUGUUUACAUUGGGAACAAUAAGCAAAAUUUUACCCUAUUUGCUUACCAUUAAUAUGAUUUCAGGGUUUAAUUAAAACAAAUAUUUGUAUGAACAUUUACUUCGUUCAUUUUGCUCAAUAGUUUGAUAGAAAUUAUUUACGUAUCUAUGUAUAUAUUCAUCAGAUCAUUUAUACCAAAGCAAUUUGGCAGAUUAUUUUAAGAGAGACAUAGAACAUUUAGUUAGCAACUCAAAAUUACCCACUUAGCUAUCUUAUUGUGUAAUUUAAGCUGAAACUCCAUGUGUUAAGUACUGAGCAAUCAUUCCACACCAUGUCUAUGUUAGACACAGAGUUAACAUUAAUAUUCUAAGCAAAUAUGUGAUACAAAAUGUGCCUUUCAAAUAAUUUAUAAAUACUGAAGAAUUCCAUACAACUAGCAUUACUGAAACAUUUGUUCGUUUUAUGUAAUUGCCCAGCAAAUAUAUUUUUUUGUAAGUUUAUAAAAUAAAUAAAUACCUAACUCACAAUGUUCCACUAUGAAAUAGUGGGUUAUAAUAAUAAAUAUGUAAUGAAAUACUCGCUGAUUGAUAUAUUACCUGUUAUGUAUAAGUAUAUCAUUGCUUAUAAUCAUAGUGAAUGAAAGUGUUAUAAUUCCACAACUAUUUAUUAUAUUAAUAUUGUAAUGUGUACAUAAUAAACAUAUGCUAAGUA